UUCAAAUCGUCUGCGCGGGAGGAGAGGAAAACAUCUCCCCGCCAAAAUCCACACCAGCCCAGCCCGUUCGGGUUCCGCCGCGGCACCCCGCGUAAUAAAUGGGGGCAAAACGGGGGAGAAAUCUCCCACAGUCUAACCGCAGAAGAAGGCCUAGCCUAGGGUUCAAGGCGCAAUCCGGCCGAAGAGAGGAGGGGGUUCUGCCGCUUCCCGGUGGUCUCGCUCGCGACGGUGAUCCCGCCGCCCUUGCCAGGAGCCGGCACGCCUUCCUCUGCUAGGCAUGUCGAUGCCAGAUGAGUUUGUGAUAUUUCCUGCUGAAGGGAAGAUUUCCAAUGGGCCUGAGGGGGCACUAGUGAGUCCCGAUUGCUCGUUUCUGGUUGCACGUCUGCCAGAGCCACUCAACAAGUCGUUCGUGCAAGUGCGACGCUGGAUAAUGCAGCUCUUCCAAUUGAAUGGUGUGACACAUGAGCUCACUCUGCAGCACAUUCUGUAUGUCAGGAACAAUCCCAUGGCUCCUCCUUCCACCGUGCUGAUUGACAUAAUUGGGGAUGAUUCCUGGAGGGCGUUCCUGAAUGUGGCAUGGCGCCAUGUUGGAGUUUUCAGGCUGUUUGUCAAGUGGAGCACCAAGAAAACAACCUCUGUUUCUAAGGCAGUCGCCAGCAAUGGCACACCGGUUGCUGAUGAAGAUCCUGCAGUGACAGAUGAAUCUGAUGAUGAUAGCAGCUGGCCAACUUGCAAGCAUGAUAAACCUUGCACCAUUGAAACUUCAUGGGACCGUCAAGACCCAGGGCGAAGGUUCUACCGCUGCCCUCUCUUUGUGGAUUCAAAACAGGACUGUGGUUUCACCCAAUGGUUGGACAGGAAGUUCCCUGAGAAGGCGAUUGAGCACAUGAACUACCUCACGGACAAGGUUGAUUCACUCGAGCAGCAGGUUGACAACCUGAAGUGCGAGCUUGAGGAACUUCGUCGUCGUCACCAGAAAAGGUUGAUCGGAGAAGCUGUUGUCAGUCAUGGAGACAAGUGCCCAUGUGGCAAGAUCCCUUGUGAUGUAGCUUGUUGCAAUCAGGAUGAAAAGCCGCGCCCAAGCCAGAUUCGUAGAUUGGCCAACGCCAAUUAGCCCUCAAUAUGUCAAGUGAUUUGUGGUCCAGGCUAGUUUCAUUCUGCGAUGAAGAUAUUUUGUCCAUUUUC